AUGGCGCUCCUCGAGGCCCUCUCAGGCGCGCCCGGCGGCGGAACUGAAGGCGUGCAAGUGACAUUCGCACGUCCCAUGCCCGUUUCGCCCUCCUACUUCUCGCGGCAACCCGAAUUCAACGACAGCUUCGUGCUGGUGCAGGACCUCGCGCGGCGGUUCGGACGGCUGCCGACGCUGCCCCCGGGACAGGCGGAGCGAGUCGCGUGGAAGACGAAGGAGCAAUACCGACUGGCCAUUGGCGAGGCGGUCAAGGCGAGGGACUACGCGGCCUGCAUCGGGCUGGUCAAGCGGCUGCACCAGAUCCACCCAGACUUGAUGCCCGAGGAGGUCAAGCAGGGCAUCCGGCCGUUCAAGCGCGACAUCAACAUCUACCUCAACACGCCCAAGCUCAUGCCCGUCGACCGGUUCGGCCGCUCGCACGGCGUGGGCAAGCGGAAGUCGUCGAUCGCCCGGGCCUGGCUCGUCGAGGGCAUGGGCGAGGUCCUCAUCAACGGGAAGACCCUGAACGACGCGUUCGGCCGGGUUCACGACCGCGAGAGUGCGCUCUGGGGCCUCAAGUCCAUGGAUAGAAUAGACAAGUACAACGUAUGGGCCCUGGUGGAGGGAGGCGGCACCACCGGCCAGGCCGAGGCUCUCGCCAUGGCCAUCGCCAAAGCCCUGGUGGUUCACGAGCCAGCAUUGAAGACGCCGCUCCGGAAAGCCGGUUGCAUCACCCGAGACCCGAGGACGGUGGAGAGGAAGAAGCCUGGUCAUGUCAAGGCGAGAAAGAUGCCCGCAUGGGUCAAGAGAUAG